CCCGGGAGGAGGAAGGAGACGCAUGGUGUACCUUAAAGAAGCUCCGGCGCCAAGCGCCAGCUGAGGACCCGCACGCCCCGAGGUCAUGAAGCUGGGACUCACCUGGGCUCUGCUGUCCCUUCUAGCAGGGCAAGGCUGGGCAGACACCCGCACCAUCGGGGCGGAGGAGUGUCAACGCAACUCACAGCCCUGGCAGGCUGGCCUGUUCUACCUCACCCGGCUCUUCUGCGGGGCGACUCUCAUCAGUGACCGCUGGCUGCUCACAGCUGCCCACUGCCGCAAGCCGUACCUGUGGGUGCGCCUUGGGGAGCACCACCUCUGGCAGUGGGAGGGUCCAGAGCAGCUGUUCCGGGUCACAGACUUCUUCCCCCACCCGGGGUUCAAUGAGGACCUCAGUGCCAAUGACCACAACGAUGACAUCAUGCUAAUCCGUCUGCCCAGGCGGGCACGCCUGGGUCCUGCUGUGCAGCCCCUCAGCCUCAGCCAGACCUACCUUGCCCCAGGCACUCAGUGCUUCAUCUCAGGCUGGGGGGCAGUGUCUAGCCCCAAGGUGCGGUAUCCACUCACGCUGCAGUGUGCCAACAUCAGCAUCCUGGACGCCAAACUCUGUCACUGGGCUUAUCCAGGCCACAUCUCAGACAGCAUGAUAUGUGCAGGCCUAUGGGAGGGGGGCCGAGGCUCCUGCCAGGGUGACUCUGGGGGACCCCUGGUUUGCAAUGGGACCCUUGCAGGCGUGGUGUCUGGAGGCGCUGAGCCCUGCUCCAGACCCCGGCGACCCACUGUCUUUACUAGCGUACGCCACUACGUGGACUGGAUUCGAAAAACCAUAGAGGAAAACUGAACUCUCAAGCUAAGGACGACUGUGCGAGGACGCGGGAUCGAGAGUUACUGCAGGGAUCCAGCCUCGACCGUCACGGUUCAGACUAAGCCCUGACACUGAGGCUGCGCGCUCCCUCAGGCUCCGCCCCGCGCUUAAACCUCGGUGUAGCCACACCCCCUCGGAAAGGCGCAGGGACACCGGUCCGCAUCUCUUGGCCAAAUCUCUAUGACGUCACCAAGAACGGACACCAUCCCCUGGAACUGCCCCACCGUGUGGCUCCGCCCUAAGGAACACCUUCAACCAAGUGGCCCCUCCCCUCCGAACUUUUCCCAUUGGAACUUCACCUUUGGGCCCCGCCUCCGCCGCCAGCGAUCCCGCCCCCAUGACGUCAGUGGCUCUGUAGCCCCGCCCACGUGAAAUUCAGUCCUGCUGGGCUCCGCCCCCCGCGGCCCUGCCCUGGGCGUGUCCUGGGUUUUGAAUCCUGGCGCGGACCCGACUGGGAGAAGUUGGGGGUCACGGUCCUUUCAGAGCCGAGGGAUGAUUGUACAAUAAAGCGGGUCCAUCUG